AUGAUUUUAGAAUAUCAUAGUGUUUAAAAAAAACUUAAUUAAAACAGAUUUAAAGUUCCAAUAAUGAUGAACUCAGUUAGAUAGAGAGAGAAUAGAAAACUUUCACAAAAUCAAAAGAGUUAGAACUACAAUCUUCCGAAAAGAGCUUCAUCAUAAUUUAAGUAAUAAAUUUUAAGAAGAUAAAGAAUCUAUCAUUUACCAAGUAUCUCUAGCAAUUCUACAUGCUGUAGUAAUUCAUGUACUUCAAGUCCUCCUUAAAGUCGUUCCAAAUUAGAAGAGGAUAAUAUUGAGAGUAUAAUAUAUAUAACCAAAUAGAUGUAUUAGUUUCAAAAAAUACAUAAUAAGAUCCAUUGAGUUACUUUAACUAUGAUGAUUUUAAUGGAGUACUACCUGUAACGAUAAAUGGAAUUAAAAUUUUGAAAAUAGAUUGGAGUUAUUUUACAGCAUCUCCAAAUAUGUAAUCUCCAUGGAAAGCUCAUUGUUUUUGGACAGUUGGAUAUACAUUUGAUAUUAAUAUGAGGAAGAUGAAAAGAUCAUAAAAUAUUAGAUAUCGUUUAAUCAUAUAAAGUUGGUGUUGCUUAAAUAAUAAAUCAUGGGUUAAAUAAAAAUGGGAUAGAUUAUUAGAACAUGAAACAGGACAUUAUUUAAUUGGUUGUUUAUGUGCUUUAGAUUUUAAAUAAAAGUAAAAAUAUCAAGAAACCUAAAAUUAGAGCAGAUAAAUUCAAAUAUACUAAAAAUUAUCGAAUGGAAUGUACAAAGUUAUUCUAAGAUACGUUUUAGUUUUAUUUGCAAAUGGAGAAAUAAUAUGAUGAAGAAACUAAUCAUAGUCAAAAUGUAGCAAAACAAAAAGAAUGGAAUCAAUUCAUUAAAUAAGAACUUUUAAAAUAUUGACA